AUGCCAAAUGGGCGUGCAAGCGGCAAGGUCACCCCCACGCCCAUAGACAUCCCAAAGCCGCAUAUCGGCUCCGCCGCACACGCUGGUCCCAAAACACCCGCUGACGAGGGCCUCGAGUUCUUUGCACGCGAGCACCAAGUAGGUGAUGCGCCCAUACAAGUUUACGAACUACCACUUGAGGAGGAUGGUGGUCCAAACAAGGAUAGAUCGUAUAUCCGUCUCCCGCCUCCCACGAAGCCCUAUGUGCUUCGUCUAUCUCUGGAGGCUGGUACUCCCCCGUCAAAGAACGGAGUCUUGAAAACAAAUUUCCCCCUUGAGGGUGGUUCAUUCGGCCGCGACAAAUACUAUGAGCGCAAGUUGCCGACUGAUCUCUCCAAACCGAUCCAGCUCGACCUCGCUAUCUCCGCACCAGGUGCAUUUCACUAUUGGAUCGAGUACGACCCGCCGAUGUUCUCCGCAAAAACAGAGCGUAUCAAAGGCCGCGAAGGCUACUUUAACGUCGACCCCAUCCUGAAGAUCCACCCUCGCGCAUCCAUCCUCUCUGACACCCUAAAACCCUUGUCGGUUGCGGCCGGGGGCGGCAAACUUCUGCCGAACAAAACAGUCAACUUACCCCUGGACGGCAUUGCCAUCCUGACUGUUGUGUCCAAAUGGAUGGGCCCCAUCUCGCAAUGGCGGCCACAUUUGGCCGAGGCCAUGGAGAGGGGUUACAACAUGUUACACUUUACACCGUUACAGCAGCGUGGAGAGAGCCGCAGCCCUUACAGUAUCGAAGACCAGCUAGCCUACGACAGGGAGCUGUUCGAUGAACCCCUCUCAACCCAUGAAGGUGCUGUCCAAAUGGCUGGAAUGCUGAAGAUCGCCAGAGAAGAGUACGGGUUGCUGAGCAUGACGGACGUGGUUUUGAAUCACACAUCGAACUCUACCAAAUGGCUCUAUGAUCACCCCGAAGCUGGUUACAGUCCACAGAAUACCCCUCACCUGACACCGGCUCUGGAGCUGGACGAUGCUAUCAUGCGCCUGUCUGCCACGCUUGUCUCGCGUUCCCUUCCCACCAAGGUCACAUCCCAACAGGAUAUCGCUACCCUUGUUAACGCUCUGAGGGACGAUAUGCGCGCUCUCAACUUCUGGCAAUACUAUGUCUUGGACUCCACCACGGAGAAGACCAAAGUCAAAGCCGCUCUCGCCUCUGGGAAGGUCCCGCAAUGGACAGGGGACAACCUGAUUGGGAAGACUGUGGUCGAGAUUGCACAAUAUGUGACGACUCAUGGGAAGGUCGAGAACCUACGUGCCUUCUCGUCUCGAUUCUGUACGCAUGUGGACCCAACUUUCGCUGCGAGCUUGGUCAAGUCUGCGUUCUCAGAGCUUAAGACACCGGAGGAGCUUUCCGAAGCUUGGGGCCGCGUCGUCGAUGUUCUUAACGUGCCGUUGUACGGCGAGUGGGAAGAAGACACCCGAGUUGCACUAGACAAUGUCUCCAAUCGUAUCCGCUACAUGCGCUUGGACGACAACGGCCCUAAGCUCGGCGAAAUCAGCGCGCGUAUGCCACUCGUCGAGACCUAUUUCACACGACUUCCCAAAAACUCCAGAACGGCCAAGCACGACCCUAGUGCUCUUGCGGUUGCUAACAAUGGCUGGAUUUGGGGCGCGGAUCCCUUACAAAACUUCGCCCUUCCUCCUUCAAAGGUCUACCUUCGGCGUGAAGUCAUCGUUUGGGGCGACUGUGUGAAACUUCGCUUUGGCAACGCGCCCAAGGACAACCCCUGGCUCUGGGCAUACAUCAAGGCCUACGUAAAGCAACUGGCAGGCUCAUUCGAUGGGUUCCGUAUGGACAAUUGUCACUCCACUCCCCUCCACGUGGGAACUUACUUCCUGGACGCAGCUCGCAAGGUCAACCCUAACCUUUAUGUCUGCGCGGAGCUGUUCACUGGUAGCGAGGAAAUGGAUCUGGUCUUUGUGAGCCAUUUGGGCAUCAACAGUCUUAUCAGAGAGUCUAUGAACGGAUGGGAUCCUCAAGAGAUGUCCCGUCUUCUGUACCGCCAUGGUGUUGGGAAACCAAUCGGAUCCAUGGAUGGAGCUUGUCUGACUAGCAAAGAGGAACUCCCCAACCCUCUUGGUCACGGUGCCCCACGACCGUGUAUUGUAACCCCCCUCCAGGGUUCCGCUCCGCAUGCAUUGCUUUUCGACGUUACGCACGACAACGAGUCCCCACUCCAUAAACGUAGCGCCGAAGAUGCGCUCUCGACGGGCUCACUCGUCCCGUUUGCGUGGUGCGCGACGGGCUCAAACAAAGGCUUCGAUGAUUUGUAUCCCAAACUGCUUGACCUCGUUAACGAGUCGAGGAAAUAUGAAGUCCUCACGGGUGAGGAGGACCGAGGUAUCAGCAGGAUGAAGCGAAUCCUCAAUCAUCUGCAUGUUGAAAUGGUGCUUGGUGAAUACAAUGAGGGCCAUGUUCAUCAGGAGAACGAGGCAAGUUACAUUGUAACGCAUCGUGUGCAGCACACGACCCAGAAGGGAUACCUACUUGUGGCUCAUACGGCCUUUCAUAAGGGCAGUAAAGAACGUGGUUGGAUCAAACCUGUUCAGCUCCGGCGUACUAAAGCGACAUUCAUCGCGGGCGCAACCAUCAACGUCACUGGUUAUGAGGAUAUUUCGAGUAAGACAACGCUACUCGGCCUUCCUUCUAAGCUCGAGGACCUCCCGCCAUGUAUUCCUGGGCAAGGUUCUGACGCCGCUGGCCCGUACUCGGAGAUCCGCGUGCCGGAAUAUUUCCCUCCUGGGAGUGUUAUGUUAUUUGAAACCCAGAUGGAUGGGCUCAGACCAGAACUCGAGGAGAUCUGCAAACAAGGAGCGGACGAAGCAUUUGCUGAUUUAGACUUGGUUGAGCUGAACGUACUACUUUAUCGUGCAGAUGGAGAGGAACGUGACGCAACUGAUGGUCACGGAACAUACGACAUUCCUGCCCUCGGCACAAACGUAUACUGCGGGCUUGAGGGAUGGAUGACCCAUCUCCGUCAUAUUAUGCAGUAUAACGAUCUUGGCCAUCCAUUGUGCGCGCAUCUUCGGAACGGGACCUGGGCGAUGGACUGGACUGUCAACCGUCUUACCAAACAACAAACCACCUUCCCCAAGCUUCGUGUUCCAGUUGCAUGGUUCAACGAACGUUUCAACGAAAUCAAAGCAACUUCUGCUGAUUUCCUUCGUCCCAAAUAUUUCGCCAUCGUCAUCUACGAGGCGUACAAAGCUGCUAGGCGUGUCGUCAUGGACCAAUGUUCCGAUUUUGUUUCUUCUGGCCACUCCUUUACACAGGAUUUGGCUUUGGUGUCAGUGCAGAUGCACGGCCUUGUCAAGUCUGCAUCUCUCGAUCCUGUGAAGGCGGUGCCCUCUCUAGCAGCUGGCCUGCCUCACUUUUCGGCUAACUGGGCCAGAUGUUGGGGCCGUGAUGUUUUCAUUUCUCUUCGCGGUCUUUUCCUUACCACCGGCAACUUCACCGCCGCCAAGCGACAUAUCCUCGCUUUCUGCUCCACUCUCAAGCAUGGACUCAUUCCUAAUCUCCUCGACUCUAUCCGCAACCCCCGAUACAACUCUCGUGAUUCUCCAUGGUGGAUGGUGCAGAACAUUCAGGACUACGUCCUGUCCGCGCCGGAUGGAAUUUCUAUCCUUGCCGAAUCGGUCCCUCGCAGAUUCCCUGCGGACGAUAGCUGGGUCGCUUGGAAUGACCCUCGAGCCUAUGCCUAUCACAGCACAGUGGCGGAAGUCAUUCAAGAGAUCCUUCAGCGUCAUGCCAAUGGGAUUCAUUUCCGAGAACACAAUGCUGGCCCCAAUUUGGACAUGCAGAUGACAGACGCCGGUUUCAAUAUUGAUAUUUAUGUCGACUGGAAGAGCGGUAUCAUCUUCGGUGGCAACAAGCACAACUGCGGUACUUGGAUGGAUAAGAUGGGCGAGUCUUACAAGGCCGGCAAUAAGGGUGUUCCUGGCACCCCGCGUGAUGGGGCACCUGUUGAGAUAACCGGUCUCCUCGCAAGCGCGCUUCGCUGGCUCGAUGACCUGUCUAGUAAAGGGCAGUUCCCUUUCAAGGGAGUACAGGCUGAGAUUAACGGAAAACGGCGUCUCGUGACGUACAAGGAGUGGCAUUCUUUACUGAAGGAGUCUUUCGAGUACAACUACUACGUUCCUGUCGAUCCAAAGGAUGAUGUCAAGUACAACUGUCAGACUAGCAUUGUCAACCGUCGCGGUAUCUACAAGGACGUGUAUGGCUCUGGCCCAGGUCGCGAGUGGUCUGACUACCAGUUCCGCCCUAACUACCCUAUUGCCAUGGUGGUUGCACCGGAGCUCUUCGACCCAGCUCAUGCUCUGGGUGCGCUCAGGCUUGUGGACGAAGUCUUGAAGGGUCCUCUGGGGAUGAGGACGCUGGAUCCAAUCGAUCAACAGUAUCAUGGCGACUAUGAUAACUCAAACGAUGGUACCGAUUUCGCCAUUGCCAAAGGUCUCAACUACCACCAAGGGCCGGAAUGGAUGUGGCCCAUGGGCUACUUCUUGCGUGCCUACCUGUACUUCGACACUUCUGUCGGAAAGGGUUCUGAAGACGCGAACGAAACUCUGCAGUACCUCCUCAACAGCCUUCUUCCGGCUCGUCGCCACAUCGUGACGGCGCCGUGGGCUGGCAUUCCCGAGCUUACAAACCGCGAUGGUGAUUACUGUCGCGACGCAUGUCCGACUCAAGCGUGGAGUGCCAGCACUCUGCUCGACUUCCUCGAGGAUGUUCACCAUAUUUCUCAAGCGAACCUGUAAUAUUUGGCUGCUUUCUUCCUGACUGAUCCUAUUAUUAUCGGAUACCCCC